AUGGUCAUCGCACCGUUACCGCAAAAGGGCAUUGGUAGAGUCAUGCCACAGAAACGCCCACAGCGCAAGCUAGAGAAACCAAAGCAGGCGCCUAUCCAAUUUUGCGAUGCCCUUGGGAGAAAGUUCGUCUUUCCAUAUGAGAUGGUUGCUACCUGGCCCGGGUUUGAGACUCUGGUUCGAGAGGCGUUCAUCCACAUCAGCGUUAUCGGACCGCACGUCUACAAAGGACACUACGAUCUGAUCGGCUCGGAUGGCGAGGUCAUCCUUCCAUCCGUUUGGGAACAUGUGGUGGUGCCGGGCAUGUCGGUGUCGAUGCACAUGUGGCCUCUGCCAGAGCCAACGGAAUCGGAAGACGAGGACGCAAAAACAGCGAAUGCAGCGAACGACGCAGCGGCGCACCAGCCUGUGCAUGCCAGAAUGGAUGCUGACGACCCACGCUGGGUACCUCCACCCAAGGUUGUACCUGACGGUUUUUUCAGCUUCCCUGAUAGCCCGGAGAUGGUAAACGACACGCACUCGCUAGAUCUUGCGCUCUUCGAACUUCAGUUUGAUAACAACAUCCAGACUGCACAAGUGACCAUUUCGUGUGAUUUGAGUCCGACUCCUGGCAGCGAUGCUGCCAAUGCUGAGUGGAAAGUUGGCUUUUUCCGUCGGUCUUCCGUAGGACUUGUGGAAGGCGACGUCCUAGAUGGUUCUGGCUUCGAUAUGACCGGAGCCCAGCAGACGGUUUUAGAAGUGAAGGACUCAGAAAGAUAUGGUGUGGCUAUUCUGCUACGGCGCCAACGAACCGAACAGGAAGCUCCAUUCCCUGUGGUUUUUGACAUGGCUUAUAUACAUCACGGCGGUUACGGAGGGGAGGGGCAGGUAUCGCAAAAUAUCCUGCCCAAAAUAUCAGAGAGCAGCGCCUGGACACCUCUGUCAUGGGCAGCGGCAAACGGAUGGGAGGACUGCGUAAAAGUGCUAGUUGAAGAAAAGGGGAUCACACAACUCGAUCAUAAUGGAAGAUCGGCUCUUUCUUGGGCCGCGGGUAGUGGACAAGCGGUGGUUACCCAGCUGCUUUUUGAUAAACCGGGCAUACAAGUCGACGAGGUGGAUAUCGACGGCAGGACGCCAUUAUCUUGGGCUGCAGAGAAUGGUCAUGUGAAUACUAUCAACCUGCUAUUAGCUCAAGCAACGGUCAACAGUAACCGGCCAGAUUGCCAGGGGCGAAUACCACUUUCAUGGGCAGCUGGAAACGGGCACGUCGAUGCUGUGAUGACCUUGAUAAGUCACACGAAAAGGAAUGAUCCGAUAGUCUCCGCUACCAUGAGCGAAAAAGCCGAUUUCGAUUUUGACAGCAGUCCCCUCUUCUGGGCAGCUAAACAUGAGCAGGAGAGUACCUUGCGGAUCUUGAUGGACGAAGAAGUUCUACUACCUGAGAUAUACAAACAGCCCGCCGGGUUGCCAUUGACAGACUUUUAUCUGCACAAAGCUGCCCAAAGGGGGUGGUGUAUCUUUACAAAGCUGCUCAUUGAGAAGAAAGUCCAAAUAGACUCCAUCAAUCCGGACUGCGACGAUCGCACACCUCUCUGUGUCGCUGCAGAGCAAGGGCGUGCAGAGGUCGUGGAGACUCUGCUUAAGGCUGGAGCGGCACACAACCACCAAACUACCAAAGCUCGAGACACUCCCCUUGGACUAGCCAUUCGAUCUGGGCACGAGGCCGCUGUCCAAGUGCUUCUUAACGCCGGGGCCAGCGUUCAAUUGCGGAACGCCAAUGGAGAGGCAGCAGUGGACCUGGCUAACCACCAUCCAAUCCUCUUCCACAUGGUUGCCGCCGUAGAUAACAUCGAGAGACUUGCGGAAACGGAGGAUAAUCACCUUCACUCCAACAUUGACCAUGAAUUCAAAGCUACCGUCAUCGACUUUGUAUCCGUUUCUGGUAUCCUGACGCCUUGCGCUGUAGAAAUUGCUGUGGAUGAACUACUGAAAUCCCCUUGGGUUUCUACUGCUCCAGCAAAUUCCUCCACCUCCUUUCGAUGGUUGCAUCUUCCGGUAAAUAAUAUGCGAUGGAUUGAGCUUUUGAUGGCCCGACUAUACAAUAACCCAGCUUCUGCUUAUAGAGUGCUCAAACCCGAGCGCUGGGUUAAUCGACAACAUCAUGGUGCCACUGGAGUUCACCAUGCUCGUUUUAUGCGGCCGCAGUGUCAGGCGUUUCCAAGUGCCGCACUCUGGGCCCCGGAUGGGGAAGGGACGGACUAUCACACGGACCUAGUGUUGUUUAUGCCCUUCCUUCAUUGGGAUUUAGAAGAAAUGCACUCCAACCGCGAAGAAUUUGCCAACACCUUCCCUCAAAAGCCCAACAUGAAUGAAACGCUUACCCGGGACCAAAAGCUGCUGAAAGCGUAUCUCACUGAUGAGCAUCCUUUGCAUAUCCGGCGUACUCUCGAUCAGUACUACUAUCAUACUGUUACAGAUACUUCAAGGAGAGACCAAGAUCAGGUUCUCGGUCGCUAUCAAAAGGAAAAUGGGCUGAAACCAAACAUCCUUACUAUGGUCGAUCAGCUGUGGCUCUGGGUGCUGAAGGGAGAACAAGGCAAGCCCGACACCGUCGUCAGCUGUUUUCCGGUUCUUGAAGCAGCAGAUCCAGACAAACAAGGAUUGACAAAUGUUUUGCGCUGUGUGAAGCUGCGACUCAUCGAUGAGCCCGCGUCUGUUCAAAACGCUUACGAUCUGGCAGGGCUUAUAGCCGCUACUUGCUCCAGGAUCUACCUCGACCGGGCAAGUACCCUGAGUUUCGGAGAAAUCAAAUCGACGCUCCAGUUUUCUGAACUCUACGAGACGGAAAUUAGCGACAUAAUUCAAGAGGAGGGUGUCGUAUUUGGCAAGUUCACCAAACUCGAGAAGGAAAACUUGGAAAAUAUACAGCGCGAGAUCGUCCUAAUCUCCAGGAUCAAAUCGAUCCUCGAUGAGCUGAAUAUUAUGGCCAUUCUGUUUAAUGAGCAGCGCAACAUGCUCAAGGCCAUGGACGGAGUCGUCAAGUUUAUUUCAGCCUUUGAAACUGCAGACUCGGACAGCCAGUCGAGCAAUAUCAGCGACGCAACUUCGGACCCAGACGAAACCGCGAAAGCAGAAGAUGUGUACGCAGGUCAACGCGCAACAGUGGUUUGGGGAGCCCGAAACGACUCAGAUGACUUCAGUCUACCGUUGGCCAUGGUCAAAGCCAGCAUCGACGAUAUCAAUGCAAUGUUUGAGCGUGCCGAGAGGGCCAGCCAGUCGAUUAAUCUCCUGGUAGACCUUAAAUUGAAGCAGAACAGUGUGAUGGACGCGCAGGAGUCGCUCAAGAUGACCAGAGAAACAACAAAUCAAGGACGCACUGUCCUUAUUUUCACCCUCACUACUAUCGUCUUCCUCCCAUUGUCGUUUAUGACUUCGUUCUUCACUCUCGACAUCAGCCAAUUCCGCACUAAUGCUGAGGGAAAGCUUGACCUAGGUUACGUCUCAUAUAUCGUCUUCCCCAUUUCCAGCCUCAUAUCGGCACUCCUCAUCUGGAUCGCUUUUAGAAUCGAGUACAUCGACGCGGUCUGGAUUUGGACGACAUCGAUUAUGGGACAUAUACUAGGCAAGGUAAAAAGUCCCACGACAAAGAAACGAGAUGCAACUCGCUAUGUGCCCACUGGUUUAUCGGAAUCUAUCACCAGAUUAUCGGAACCUAUACGUAUGGUCAGACGCGAUACAGACUUGGAGGCGCAAGGUGGGAGCCGUGUGCCUACUGUUACCGGAUCAUUCAUGCAGCCGGCGAAAUAA